GUUCAUCUUGCUGCUAAAACUGCGCAAUCCUGGUUCUGGAUGGAGCCUUCACUCUUUCUACCAGUCGUUUUAUGAAAUAUCAGUUGCCUCGAGUUUUGCUUGACGCAGAUAGCUAAAUGGCGUUUCGCAGGCCAACGACCCCAGAAAUGCGAUCCUCCACAAGAAGAACAAUGUUUCCAACUAUCUACCUGAUCUGAUCUGACGUCCGUAUGAGUCUUCACUGUUCUGAUUUCGUUCACUGUCAAUUGACAAGCGCAUUUCACUAGCGAUGUACUUGGAGAGCCUAGGCCUCGUGCACACUUUAUUCAAUCCCUUCAGCGCAAUAGGUUACGGUCUUCUUUCCAAAAGUUUCUCCUCCUGAAAUCAACAGCUUCUCCGGAUACACUGUCAUGUCGGCCUACAACACCAUAACCCUCACUCCUUAUGAGAAAGCCACAUUCUACAGCGUGAUUGAACACGACAAGCUCGCCCGACAUUGCCCUUUCGAUAACGGUCGGCAUGCUCUCGAACUCGACUACGCUACCGCACCUGAUCUAGGAUCAUUAUCGAGACUGCCAGCUGAGUUGAUGGAACAAGUUGUUCUGGAACUGGAUCUCGCAAGUCUGUUGGUGUGGAGGAGGGUUAGCAAAAGGGGAAUGGACUUCGUGGCUUGUCUGAUCGAGUGGAAAAAGGUCACUCUCAUAGCUCCGAAUACCGUGAGAAUGGCUGUUGGCCUCCAUUCGCACUCUACAUUCAGCCUCGCUGAACUUUAUGAUGCUCUUCACCAACGUACCUGCGGUAUUUCAGACUGUUCCAACAGUGCAAAGUAUAUCAGCAUGGGCACUCUAGUACGCAUUUGCGAGACCUGUUUCUAUCCAAGAGUUUGGCGGACUAUUAAGUCAUUCGCAUUCAACUACUACUGUGCCCGGAAAGUGCGAACGAGCGAGCAUACGGAAGAGAACGAGAAACCACCGGAGAAAGAAGUGACAGCAUACAAGGCAUCAGAUAUCGUAACUUCCUCUUGA